AUGGAAAACAAUAACAAUGAUAAAAAUAAUAAUAGCAACAAUAACAAUUACAAUAAAAAGAAAAGAAAAAAAAAUAAACAAAAACAUUCUCAUUUAAAUAGCAAUACCAAUAGUACCAACAAUAGCACUAAUGGCAAUAAUAAUAAUAAUAAUAAUAAUACAAAUACGAAUAAUAACUAUUGUAAUAAAAAAAAAAAUCUUAAUAAUAAUAAUUUUACGCAAAAUUUUAAAUAUAUUGACACCCCUCCUCUUGUUUCAGUUAGCUUACUAAAUACAACAGGAAAGGAAAUUCAUAACAAAAACGAUAGCGGUAGAAAAACACCACCCUUAUUAAUGUUAAACUCAAACUCAUCAAUACCAAGCUUAAAUGAUAAUACAUCAUCUGCCGUAACCUCAAACAAAGCAAAUACUACUACCACAACAACCACAACCACAACAUCUACCUCCACAUCAAUCAAUAGUAUACAACCCCCACCAAAAAUAAGAGAGUACCCAGGAUAUUAUUAUGACGUCGAAAAAGAUAGAUAUUUUAAGAUCACAAAAGAAUUUCAAAAAAUACUUACGGAAAAAAAGAAAAAAGAAAAGGAACAAAGUGAAAUACCUAUCAAACUAAAUCAAUCAAACAGCACAGCCAAUGAAAAGAAAAAAAAAAAUAAUAUAACAGAUCUAUUAAAAAUACGAGAAAUAAAUACAAAGAGUAAUGGGUUCUAUAAUGAUAAUAUAAAAAAUAUCAUGGUUAAAGAUCAUUUAAAACAGUAUGUCAAUAUUCCAUGUAGCUCUUCAAUAUCCAAUAUUUCAUUAUUUGGCGAUUAUAAUAUAAAUCAAAUAGUUAAUAAUAACAAUAGCAAUAAAAUCAACAAUAAUGACAAUAAUAAAAGCAUAAUCACUAAAGGUAUUGUUUCCAGUAGCAACACAUUUUUAAAUAUCGAUUGGCUAAAUACAUUUUAUAAUCAACCUUUAAAUAAUGAAAAUAAUAUUGAUAACAAUGAUGGUGAUAGAUUAAAUACAUUUUUUUCAAACGAAAAGUUAAAUUAUGAACAAGAAUAUAAAAUAUCAAAACACCACUCAUUAUCCAUCGAUUUAUAUUCAAAUAUCACUUCUAUAAGAGUUAAUAAGAAUGUGCCAAAUCUAUUGUCAGUAACUACACUUGGUGAUCAUCAAAGAGAAGGUUCUGUUAAUAUAUUUAGAGUCGAUUCAUUAGUAUAUGACGUAAUACCAUUGGAUAACUUAUUUCUUUCUAGAUCAAGUAUAUGGUGUUCUCAGUGGUGUCCAACGAACGACAAUAUAGUGUCUAUAGGAGGCUCUUCAGGCAAACUUUUAAUAUACGAUUUAAAUUGUCACAAAAAUUAUUAUCAAGUACUUUCAAAAAGUGAUAUAUUGGCACAGGAUUUUAAUAGAAACGGUACCACCAUAUUUAAUGGUUCAAGAGAUGGUUUUAUUAGAAUGGUGGAUAUAAGAACAAAAACAGCACCAAAUAGCAAUAAUCAAACUAUAAUUAAUUUAAAUAUACAAAAGGAUAGAAUCAAUCACAGCAGCUCAAUAUCCUCAAUAAACUCUCUAUUGGACGAUAACUACCUUAUUGUUUCAUCUCUAAAUGGUUCGAUUUCGAAAUGGGAUAGAAGAAUCAAUAAAAAGGUUUUAGACUAUCCAUUCAAUUGUAAUAGUCAUUUAAAACUGGGUAUAUCUUUAACACCUGAUGAACAGUUUUUAGGUGCUGCUGGUGAAGAUAAAUUUGUUAGAAUUUGGAAUACUUCCACUGGGGUCCUAAUUAAAACAAUUGGCCCAUUGGAAAAAGCUGCUACAGGUUUAGAAUUUAUAGAUUAUUUUGACUCUUCAAAAAAUAAUGAUCACUUUAAUAGUCUAAAUGUAAAUAAUAGUAAUGGAAAUAAUAACAGCAAUAACGGAAAUGGUUAUUCCUCAACAAAAUUAAAUCCAAUAUUUUAUCCAACUUUAUUUUUAAUAAUAAUAAUAAUUUUUCCUUUUAUACAUUUUUUUAAUAAAUAA